UUUGAAUCGCUUUACGCCGCGCAAACUUCAUAGAAGUAGUCCGGCCAACGUCUACCAAACCGAGGGUCGCACCAUUCCACACUGGUAGCAGCGGGUAGGGUCACGUGCCGUUUUUGGUCGGAAUGAGUGAAAUUACAUGAUGUCAUGCAUUAGCGGGCCGGCCCACUUUGUGCAGUCUGCGUUGCGCAAUCCGCACUGUCAUUUGCCUCUGGUUCAGAUAGGCAAAUUGCGAGCAGAUUUUCCAUCCAAGGCCGGCUGGCCCAAUGGCAAGGCGCUUGACUACGAAUCAAGAGAUUGCAGGUUCGACCCCUGCGUCGGUCAAUACUUUUUGCUUUUUGUUUUCUGUCUGUUGGUCGGUUUAGGUGAUAUAUUUAUUUGCUUUUUUGCUGGGGGUUGGGGCCGCUGUGGAAUGGUUCGGUGACAACAAGUGCAUUCUCCCUCGCUUCUCUGCUAUGCGUAUGCAGGCUUCCGAUGGAUAAGGAAGGUAGGAUGAGAUCAACCCGGAGGACGCAAUGUAUGUUAAGAUUCGAAUCCGGUAUAUAUUUAAUAGUCGACAUGGAGAU